AUGACAAUUGCGGAGCUGCCCGCCCCUUUGACCAAGGGCAAGCGAUGGGCAAAGCAUGCUGCGGAGCGAGAGCAGCAGAUACAAAGCGAAGCUAUGGCCAUCAAAGUGCUUCUUCCCGAUGUGUCUGAUGAAGAGAUUCAGCGCUGCUUGAAAGAGAACGGGGGCAAGUCAGACCUGGCUUUGCAGCAUCUCCUUGAUGCCCAAGAGGCAGAUCUCCUGGGAGGCUUGCUUGACGACGAGAGCCCUCCCCCAACACGUUUGCACAGGGAAGCCAUGCCACAGGAGCAGCCACAGCGGCAGCAGCAGCAGCAGCAACAGCAGCAGCAGGAAUGCACAGCUGCUUUGCCGGGAGAGCCUGCGACCACAGACGAAGAGGCAAAGCUUGCGCUUGACGAGCCUGCCCACCCGCAAACGGAGCAAACCGCGCAGAACGCACAGCCUCCGCCUGCAUCCGCGAGGGCCAUGAGCCCCCCCGAGGAGACUCCGAGCGCCCCCAAGGUUCCCAACUGGCUGCCCAUGCUCCAGCCAGCGACUCCGGCAGACCUUUCGUCCAAGCGGAAGAUCCAGUACGAUCGGCAAACGGAGCGGCUCAAGGCAGCCCUCGGCCCAGCGCCGAAGGCUGUCAGCGUCCCUUCAGCCCAUGACCUCGAUGUCCGAGGCAAGGCACGGGAUGGAGGAGGCUGA